UCAGUUUUCUAUCAGGCCUCUUAUUGAAGAGAAGUUAAUUUUGUAUUUAAUUUAUUAAUCAACUGUUUUUUUCUUAAUGAAUUCGUUGACUGGAUUGUAAUUAAACCAUUGUAAUCAACGAUAGGAGAACUUUAAUCAAUCGACCGGGAUGUCAUCAACCGGUGUUCUACCCUUCGUCCGAGGGAUUGACCUCAGUAGGAAUAAUUUCCAGGAGGAGGAUUUUACCAAAAUUGUUACUGAAAUGAGUGAUCUAAGGUGGCUUAAGCUUAACCGGACAGCCAUGAAUUGGGUACCUGAAGAAUUGGCUAAAUUAACCAAAUUAGAAUCACUUUCAUUGAUAAAAAAUAAUCUAGUUUCCCUUCAAUCUGACAUUGUUGCCAUGAACUGUUUAAGGUAUCUCAAUGUACGCGAGAACAAGAUCAAAAAUGGUGGUCUUCCGUCUUCCCUAUUUGAGCUUAAAGAGCUUUUAGUUCUUGAUUUAAGUCGAAAUCAAUUGAAAGAAGUGCCCACCGAAUUGGAGCACGCUAAAAGUCUUCUAGUUCUAAACUUAAACCACAAUCAAAUUGAUUCGAUUCCUAAUCAACUAUUUGUCAAUCUAACAGAAUUGAUGUAUUUAGAUUUGAGUUAUAACCAACUAGAAACAUUACCUCCUCAACUUAGAAGAUUAGUCAAAUUACAAACUCUAAAUCUCAGCUGUAAUCCCCUUGGACAUAACCAAUUACGGCAGAUACCAGCUCUGUUAUCCCUUCGAUCCUUAAAUCUACGUAACACCCAACGUAAUGUACAAAAUUUACCUUCAUCCCUGGAAUCUCUGGUUCAUCUUAGCGAAUUAGAUUUAUCCGAAAAUCAACUCGACUCAGUGCCACCCGUGUUAAACACAAUACCAAACCUUAAAAGGCUUAAUCUUAGUGGAAAUUGUAUCACAAACUUGGAUCCAAAUUUUGGUGAUACAUGGAAACAAUUAAAUACACUUAACUUAUCACGUAAUCAACUUACCUCUUUACCAGUAUCAAUAUGUAAAUUAACUCGACUCCGAAGACUGUACAUUAGCUUUAAUGAAAUUGAUUUUGAUGGUAUACCUUCCGGUAUCGGUAAACUUGCCAAUCUAGAAGUUUUUGUCGCCUCAAAUAACAAUCUAGAAAUGAUACCCGAAGGAAUUGUCCGCUGUGGUAGACUGAAGAAAUUAAGCCUUUCCCAUAAUCGAUUGAUAACUUUACCCGAUGCCAUACACCUUUUAAACGAUUUAGAAAUUCUCGAUCUCUCUGAUAAUCCUGAUCUUAUUAUGCCACCGAAACCUCCAGAAUAUCAUUCAUACUCCAAAGGAAGUGGAAUUGAAUAUUAUAAUAUCGACUUCUCAUUAAAGACCCAAUUAAGAAUGGCAGGAGCUGCUGCGCCUAAAAACCUCGCUUCGCCCACAUCACCAAGUAAAGAUCCGAUCGCACGUAAAUUGAGAUUACGUCGACGCCAUCGAAAUGCUGCUGAAGAUGAUGAGACAAAUCAAGCAAAAGUUCUUAAAGGAAUGAGUGAAUUAGCAAGAGAAAGAGAUCAACUUGUUGAUGAUCUUUCAGAGUCAAGUGAUGCCAAUUUAAAGCCUAAAAGAUGGGAAGAUGCAUUAGAAAAACCGCCAUUGGAUUAUAGUGACAUUUUUGAAGAGGAUGUUGGCCAAGUUUCUGGUUUAACUGUCUGGGAGAUAGAGAAUUUUUUACCCAAUGUUGUUGAUGAGGCUCUUCAUGGUAAAUUUUAUGAGGGUGAUUGUUAUAUUGUUUUAAAAACAGAUGAAGAUGAUAAUCAAUGCUUAAGCUGGCAAAUCUACUUCUGGAUUGGUUCCAAUGCUCCACUUGAUAAAAGAGCUUGUUCCGCAAUCCAUGCUGUCAACCUUCGUAACUUUCUUGGUGCACAAUGUCGAACCAUACGAGAAGAACAGGGAGAUGAAUCGGAAGAGUUUCUCUCUCUUUUCCCAGAUCGUAUAAUGUACAUUGAGGGAGGUCGAACAGCUUCCGGAUUCUUUACGGUGGAAGAAGUAGAAGUUGUCCACCGUAUGUAUCGACUCCAUGAACUUCAAGAUAAACAAAGACAACUUUACCUUGAAACAGUAUCACUUUCUUAUGAAUCGUUGGAUCCUCGAUUUGUUUUUGUCCUGGAUGCUGGUUAUUCCAUUUACGUUUGGAAUGGGACAAGGUCAAAAAAUACUAUGAAACAAAAGGCUCGUCUUUUAGCGGAAAAGAUUAAUAAAGAGGAGAGAAAAAAUAAAGCCGAGAUUAUUUUUAUCUCACAAAAUGAGGAAUCAGAUGAAUUUUGGCGGGAGUUAAGUUUAGAUGAAUCAACAAUUAGUACCCUUGUGAUUAAAGACCAUGUAAAUCUUGACCAUUUCAAACCAUGUUAUCCCAUAUUGUACAAAGUUGGCCUGGGAAUGGGUUAUCUUGAACUUCCUCAAGUUCAUUUCAAAGAAGGCAAAUUAUUUCCUUCGCUACUUGAACCUAAAAAUGUCUAUAUCCUUGAUUGCUCGUCAGAUUUAUUUGUUUGGUUGGGUAGGAAAGCCCCUCGUCUAGUCAAAGCUGCUGCCAUAAAAUUGGUUCAAGAAUUGUAUGAUAUGAUUAAAAGGCCGGAACUUGCAUUAAUCACUCGAUGUUUACAAGGAAAUGAACCUCAAGUAUUCAAGUCAAAAUUCAAUGGAUGGGAUGAUGUGAUCGCUGUAGAUUUUACUCGAACUGCUGAUUCAGUUGCUCGAACUGGUGCUAAUUUACAUGAAUGGAUGUCUAAGCAAGAAGUUAAAAUUGAUACAUCAGCACUUUUCAUGCCUAGAGCCAAAUCAAUGGAUCCAGAAGAAGAAGGAAAAUUAAUGGAAGGUUGGAAUGAUGAGCUUAAAGUGAUGGAAGCAUUUGUCCUCGAGGGUAAAAAGUUUGUUCGUUUACCAGAGGAAGAGCUGGGUCACUUUUACUCAGAAGAUUGUUAUGUGUUCUUAUGUCGUUAUUUACCACCCCUUGAAUCGGAUGAAGAAGAAGACGAAGAAGAUGUUCUUGACGAGUAUCAAUGUGUCUCCUACUUUUGGCAGGGUCGUGACGCUUCCAACAUGGGCUGGUUAACCUUUACCUUUGACCUUUUAAAAAGAUAUCAAAGUCAUUUUGGUGAUAAACUGGAAGUGGUUCGAACCCAUCAACAGCAAGAAAAUUAUAAAUUUUUAUCUCAUUUUAAGCGUAAAUUUGUGAUACACACGGGUAAAAGGCCACCGAAAAGUUCAUCACACAAGAACAGUGGUAACUCAUCAUCUUCCUACAAUCGACGAUUCACUCCGGCCUCUGAGUUUUUCUACCUUCGAUCGAAUAGUAACAAAAUUACAACUCGAUGUAUUCAAGUUUUACCCGAUUCGGCAAUUCUAUGUUCGGGUUUCUGUUACAUUCUAGCAAUUCCUGGUGAAGAUUCAUUCGGAACAGCAUAUGUUUGGAAAGGAAAUCAAGCAUCUGAAGAUGAUGGUAAUCUUGCUGAAGAGAUUGCAUCUCAAAUGUACGAUUCUCAGGAUUAUAUUGUCUCGGUUAUUACUGAAGGUGAAGAACCCGAUGAAUUUUGGAAUCAUUUAGGCGGAAAGAAGGCUUACGAAAAAGAUUCUUCUUUUAUGCAAUACACUCGACUAUUCCGAUGUUCUAAUGAUAAAGGUUACUUUUGUGUCUCCGAGAAAUGUAUCGAUUUUUGUCAAGAUGAUCUUGCCGAUGAGGAUAUUAUGAUAUUGGACAAUGGUGAUCAAGUUUUCGUUUGGGUGGGUUCAAGGUGUUCCGAUGUUGAAAUUAAAUUGGCUCUUAAAAGUGCCACCGUUUAUGUACAAAAUAUGAGGAUUAAACAACCAGAUAGACCGAGAAAGUUAAUGUUAACAUUCAAGGGAAAGGAAACUAGGAAAUUCACCAAAUGUUUUCAUGGUUGGUUGAAACAUAAAUCUACAGUUGAUCCAAGGACAGAGUAUCUCCUAAAUAGGAAUGAUGAUCUGGUGGAAGUGUAAAUCAUAACAUCAACAAUUAACAUUCAAUAACUCAAUCAACAAGCAUAAUCACAACAGCAAAAACAAUAACAAUAAUAACAAUUAAACGCUCACAAAGAACAGCAAUAAUAAUAUCAACAAAAAAAAAGAUUGAAACAAAAGGAUAAACAUCUCGUUUACUUCAUUACCUUCAAUACCUUUUAUCCAAUCGCUGAUUAAGUCUAAAUUUAAAUUGUUCAUGUCUCGUCUCCAUGAUCAUAAAUACGAAAAGUUAGAAUUAGAAUCAAAAUAAUAAUCAUCAUCACCAUUGUCUCUCCAAAGUUAAUCACAUACAAACAAGGAAAUUACAAUUUAUGCACACUCACUCGCAUCUCUAUCUCUCUCACUUUCUGCAAUAAUAAUUCUGUGAAAUAAUUAAGAGAAAAAGUUAAUAACCCAGCAACCAAAAGAAGAAACAAAAAAUAAGGACAAUAACUGAUUGGACAAAUUUCUUCUAAUUGUAAAAUACAUUAUUGGAUUACAAUCAACAAUUAAGAUCAAAAAUGAAUGGACAUCAAACAAAAGCCAAGUGCCUACCUGUUUGUUUAUAAAGUAAUUGAUACUUCAAAGAAAUAGUAACAACAAAUAGAAAGAAAAAUCAAACUAAAAAAUUAAUUUGUGACUAUUAAUGAAAAUUUGCUUGAUAUUUGAUUUCAAUCAACAAAUUGAUCAAUGAAAAUUGAUUCUGAUUUUCAUUGUGAUGAAGAUUGAAAAUUAAUAUGUAAUCAUGAUUGUAAAUGUUUUCUAUUCUGUUUUUUUUUAAAUUUCUUUCUCGACAUAAUCUUUAAUCAUCUCUAACUUUAUAUCAUCAACAUCACCACUAUUAUUUACAUUUAUAUAUAUAAUUAUUACAAUUAUUAUCACCAAUCAUUGUCAACUCCCUAUAAAUGUUAAUCAUCUUCUUGAUUCCAAUUGACAACAGCAAUAUUUAAAUCACUAAUCAACCUUUUAAUUGGAUUAACAAGGAAUCAUCAAUAUCCCUUUCCAAUUCAAUUUUUACCACAUUGAUAAAAAAUGAAACUAAUUAUUUGCAAAUGAAAAUCUCUUUAAUCAACAA